AUGUCGUCAAUUCAGCGCUUGCUGAGUGUAGUCCUUCUAUCGAUCACUCUGGCUUCGGCCCAGUCGCCUCUGUACGGGCAGUGUGGUGGUCAAGGAUGGAACGGCGCUACCACCUGUGUUUCGGGCGCAACCUGCACCAAGAUCAAUGACUGGUAUCACCAGUGCCUCCCUGGCUCCGCCCCACCUGUCACCAGCAACCCGCCCCCAGUUACAACCCAACCACCGACUACCACUGGUGCACCAGCUAACCCUAAUCCUUCGUCUCCCCCUUCUUCUGGUCCCAUUCCCAACAUGUCUCCCGAAUGGCAGGAAGCCUACGCCAAGGCUCGAGCUGCUGUCCCCAAGCUUUCAUUGACUGAGAAGGUCAACUUGGCCACCGGUGUUCAGUGGGAGCGAGGCCCUUGUGUUGGAAAUACCCCGGCCAUUAACUCCAUCAACUUCCCUGGCCUCUGUCUGCAGGAUGGUCCCUUGGGUGUCCGUUUCGCCGACCUUGUUUCCGUGUUCCCUGCGGCAAUCAACGCAGCUGGUACUUUCAACCGAACUUUGAUCAGGAAGCGCGCCGAGCAAUUGGGUUCUGAGAUGCGAGGCAAGGGUAUUCACGUUGCAUUGGCUCCCGCAAUGAACGUCCAGCGUGUUCCUGCUGGUGGAAGAAACUGGGAAGCUUUCGGAGCUGACCCCUACCUCAAUGGAGAGGCCGCAUACGAGACCAUCAUUGGUAUCCAAUCGCAGGGAGUACAAGCUGCUGCGAAACAUUUCCUCAACAACGAGCAGGAACACUUCCGAGAGUCCAGUUCCUCUGUCGUUGAUGACCGCAACACGAAAUCUACGCCUAUCCCCGUCCAAGCGAACGUUGCUGCUGUCAUGUGCAGUUACAUUAACGGAACCUGGGCCUGUGAGAACGACAAGGUAUUGAACGGCCUCUUGAAGGGAGAAUUUGGUUUCCCCGGCUAUGUCAUGUCUGGUAUGUAUUUUUCUCGAUUACAUCUCAAUGGGGGACUUAACAUGUUCCGCGACGAAAAGACUGGUGGGCAACGCACUCCACAACCUCGGUCAACUUCGGUCUCGAUCUACAAGUCCGGUACCACUUAUUUCGGCCCCAACCUUGUCCGAGCUGUCGAAAACAAUCAAGUGCCGAUGUCCCGUAUCGAUGACAUGGCCACUCGUAUUCUGGCUGGAUGGUACCUCCUGAAACAAGACCAGGGCUAUCCCGCAGUCAAUUUCAACUCCUGGAACGUCAACGCCCCUCCCGCACAGCACGUCAACGUGCAAAAGGACCACAAGGACAACAUCCGCCUCAUUGGCGCUGCCUCGACCGUGUUGCUCAAGAACACCAAGAACGUGCUCCCUCUCAAGAACCCCAGAACCAUUGCCAUCAUUGGAAGCCAUGCCGGGCCCAACUCGAGAGGAAUCAACGGUUGCGUUGACCGUGGAUGCAAUGACGGUGUUUUGGCUCAAGGAUGGGGAAGUGGUACCGCUGAAUACCCCUACCUGAUCAACCCUCUGGAUGCUAUCACCGCUCGUGCAAGGACCUACGGCGCUACCGUUUCUUCUUCCCUCAGUGACACCGACUUGAACCGCGCUCAAUCAACUGCGUCUGGCAAAGAUGUGGCGAUUGUUUUCAUCACCUCUGACAGCGGCGAGGGUUACAUCACUGUCGAGGGCCACGCUGGUGACCGAAACGACCUUAAGGCAUGGCACAAUGGUGAUGCUCUCGUCCAACGUGUGGCCGCCGCUAACACGAACACCAUCGUUGUCGUGAACACCGUUGGCCCCGUUGAUAUGGAGGCUUGGAUUGAGAACCCCAACGGUCUGGGCCGGUCUCCCUGGACAGGAAGCUGUGGUCGUCUACCGUACACAAUUGGCAAGAGAAUUGCGGACUAUGGUCCUCAAGUUCUUUACAACUCUCCAGUCCAAAUCCCCACUAUCACCUACUCCGAAGGCUUGUUCAUCGACUAUCGCCACUUCGAUAAAAACAAUAUCGAGCCACGCUACGAGUUCGGUUACGGAUUGUCCUAUACCACCUUCUCCUACUCCGACCUGCGAGUCACUGGUACCGCUGGUGGAGUCACAUUCCCCUCCGGACCCGGUUCCUCCCUCGACAAACAGCUCCACGAGAAGGUCGUCACUGUCACUUUCACAAUCUCCAACACCGGUUCCGUUGCUGGUCAUGAGAUCCCUCAACUGUAUAUCGGAUUGCCCGCCAAUACCAACUCUCCUCCCAAGUCGUUGAAGGGCUUCGACUCCGUCUUCCUCCAGCCUAAUCAGUCUAAGCAAGUCACAAUGGAACUGUCCAGGUUCGAUUUGGCUAUCUGGGACACUACUGGUCAGAGAUGGCGCGUCCCAAGCGGUACCACGAGCAUUCUUGUUGGUGCUAGUAGCCGUGACAUUCGCCUCCGCGGCUCUGUUGAAAACUAA